GGAGAUGGAAUUGUGUAUCUCUGAAACUUGUGAAAAUUACAAAAUUUCAGAAAUCGAUCCCCAGAUAACAAAGGUUAUACGCUGUAUCUACGAGCCAGUGAGAUCAAGAUCGGUAACUCAUGAGCGAAUUCUUAAUCGCGUAAAGCCUGCUACAGACUGCACGCAGCAAGCGGCAAGCGUCGAGCAGCGAGGAUCCAACACUGCUGAAUUUUGCGGAAGCGUCAGCAGUGGCGUAGAAAAUAUCUCUUCGUUGAUUGGCUGCUGCUCGACGCUUGCUGCUUGCUGCGUGCAGUCUGUAGCAGGCUUAAGGCGACGUCAGCGCUACAAGUGGCAAAAUUUUGAUUCACUGGAUGGCAAAAAUGUCGGCCCACUUUCGGUGACGUGA